CGCUUUUGAAAAACUCACGUGUGCGCGCUGUACUGAGGCUCCGCCCUUUUUGAACGCAAAACAUUUAAGAAAACUCGCGGGUUCGAGUCAUUCUGCAUCCUUCUGACAGUCAUCAAACCCCCUGAACUCUGCAGAGAGAUGUGCUCGGAUGGAGAACGCGCGGCGCUGGGCAGCUCGGGAAACGGUAAGCUGCGCCAGUGGCUCAUAGAGCAGGUGGACACCAGUAAAUACCCGGGACUCGUGUGGGAGAACGAAGAAAAGACUGUGUUCAGGAUCCCGUGGAAGCACGCGGGGAAACAGGACUACAAUCGGGACGAGGACGCAGCGCUCUUCAAGGCUUGGGCGCUGUUCAAAGGCAAAUACCGGGAGGGCUUCGACAAACCGGACCCCCCCACGUGGAAAACGCGUCUCCGUUGUGCGCUUAACAAGAGCAACGACUUCGAGGAGUUGAUGGAACGCAGUCAGCUCGACAUUUCGGACCCUUAUAAAGUUUACCGUAUUGUUCCUGAGGGCGCCAAAAAAGCUUCCAGAGCUCUAGAGGAUACGACAUCAAACCCGAGCCCUCCGAGUUAUCCACUACAAUCCUAUCCGCCAAUUCAGAGUCAGGUCUGCAGUUUCAUAUCUCCAGCAGAGAGAAGUUGGAGGGAAUAUCUCUCAGAAAAGCCCCCUAUGACUGACAUCCCUUACAACCAAAGUCCAUACACCUCUCGAUGGGAUACAGGAUAUCAGUUCACUGGCUCCUUCUAUAGCUGUAGUGCCUCAGAGCCCCUGCCAUCUGCCUUUACACUAGAUGCCAGCAUGAAGUCAGCAGAAGCCAUGGCCCUCUCAGAUUAUCGGUUCCACGUGGCUGUAUAUUUUCGGGAUGUCCUUCUUCGGGAGGUGACUGUGAGCAGUCUAGAAGGUUGCUUUCUGGGUGCAAGCAAAGAUAGUAUGCCAUUUGGUGCCUCUCAAGGUCCAGAGUUUAUAGAGAUUCCACAGAUUGAACACAACUCUCUGGAACACGGGGUUCUGCUGUGGAUGCUACCAGAUGGGCUGUAUGCUCGCCGAUGCUGCCCCUGCAGGGUGUACUGGGAGGGAGGGCAAACUUUGCCCAACAACAAACCCAGCAAACUACAGAGAGAUCAGAACUGCAAACUGCUGGACACUCAGCAUUUCAUCACAGAGUUACAAAGUUAUGCUCGGCACAUACGUCCUCCACCCAUGACCCAUGUGCUCCUGUACUUUGAGGAAGACAGCACGGAGCCACAAAGACCUGGAAGGACUCUUACUGUCCAGGUGGAGCCUAUGUUUGCUCGUCAGUUUCUGUACUUCACCCACCAGAGCAGCAUGAACUACAUCCGCAACCACAACCUUUCCCCUCUGAGUCCAGAGCACACAAUUACACCAAGUCAGCUUCCACAGAGUCAUCAGCCAUCACCAUAGCCUUUAAAAUGUAUCUUCACCUGGGAAAGCUAACAUUGGGUAAGUCGAACUGAAGCAUGGACAAGAAUGGACGCAACAAAUGCACCACCAUGGCUCAUGUGUGACGCUGACAGAGUAUCAACAUCAACACCUAUUUUCUCCACACACUUUCAAGCAGUUGGACUUGCAAAAUGGACAAAAAACAAAUUGCACUUAUUUCACAGACAUGUCUGUUGAGCCCUACACAUUCUUUUUCUAUUUUUAUUUGUCAUCUUUUUGUUGUUGUUUGUUUUUAAUAUAACCUCAGGGAACUGUAAAUGAAACAUUAUUAAAAAAAAAUUCAUAAACAAA